AUGACCUUGUGGUGCUCAGGCGAGGAUGGCUCGAGGCUCUUCUGGGACAGGCUCAACACUCAAGUCUUCCUCCGCCUCCUCGGCCGUCGCGUCGUCGGCUCGCUCAUGCUCAAGGUGCGCGUCGAGCUCCUCUUGCUGCGGGCCCGUCUCGCUGCCAGGCGUGAGGCCUGCAGGCAGGCCCUCAGGACCGAGCUCAGCCUCACCCACGACCAUCCCACCCGCAGGGCCCCGCGCCUCGUCUACUCCGACAAGCUCUGCCUGCUGUGGAAGGCGGAGGCGAGGGCGGAGGAGCCCGCGGCGGCGGCCAAGCCCGAGAGCAAGAAGCGAGGGAGGCCGACGCUGGCGUCCAAGCAGCUGGCUCCGGGGUCGUGCAAGCGGCUGUCGCCCAAGAUGGUGUGCAUGGCGUGCAAGGUGCUGCAGUGGAGGUGCGGAGGGCAGUGCGCCUUCACGGACGAGCGGUCGAAGCUGUAUCUGAGGGAGGCGGAGGAUCGGAGGAGGCUGGGAGAGUAUCUGGAGGGUCGUCGGUACCGGGGGCUCGGGGUAGGGAAGCAGGUGGUGGUGUGGUGGAUGAAGGACAAGGGCAAGGUCGGCGAGCUCGCGGCGUCUGCGCGGGAGGUGCAGGGGGCAGACGGGCGGUGGGAGGGGUCAGCCUUCAGCCGGGUCGAGCGGCAGGGGGCGAGGCUCGGCGGAGGCGGAGGCGGACAAGAGGGCGAGGCUGCUGCAGGAGCCGAGGCUGCUGCAGGAGCAGCUCGAGCUGUGGGCGGUGGAGCUUGGGCGGUGGAGCUUGUGCUGACGGAGGAGCGGGAGGAUCUUGCGGUCGCGUGGAAAGUCAGGAAGGGGCGAGGGCGGGGGGGGUCAAGGAGCGUGUGCGUCAGGGGGGGGCAGGGAGGGCGGGGGAGAGACAGGGAGGAGGAGGACGGGGAUGGGGGGGAUACGAGAGGUGGGCUUCGACGCGAGCAUGGGGAUCAUCCU